AUGGUGGAAACACGACAACAGACGGAUAACGACAUUUUACGUUCAGCAGUGGAAGCUAUAACUAAAACCUUGGAGGAGCAACGCAAAUGGAUGGAAUCGAAUGAAAAUCGCAGUCAGUUGAGGCUGGAUUCCCUGGAGCAGAGGAUCGAAGCAAUGUUCGUGAGAAAUGGAGAUACGGCUGAAUCCUCUCGUACGAAUAACCCUAGGGAGAGAUCUUACAUACCUCCCACACGAUUAACGAAGGUUGACUUCCCGAAAUUCGAUGGAGCUGGUGUAGAAGGAUGGCUGAUUUCUGCCGAACAAUUCUUCAGAGUGGAUCACACUGCUGAUAUAACCAAAGUUGAAAUCGCACCGAUUCAUUUCCAAGGCGACGCAAGGCUCUGGUAUGGUUCUUACAUCCAAUCUCGAAGUCAAACGAUAACUCUUACUUGGGAUGUUCUUCGUUCUGAUCUUCUCCAACAGUUUAUACCCUCAGUCUGUGAAAGUCCCAUUAAUCAGUUGAUGAAUCUGAAACAAAAAGGCUCUAUUCAGGAUUAUAAUCUGAAAUACAUGGCUAUAUCACAGAAACUCAUUAACAUGCCAGAUGAAUAUGUAAUUGAGUGUUAUCUCAGUGGUAUACAUGAAGAGAUUUCUAACACUGUUAGACUACUCAAACCUGAUUCCCUGAACUUAGCAAUGGCUAUAACUAAAGUUCAGGAAGCUACUUUUAAAUCUCUACUUAAAAGAGGUCACCUAUAUAACUCCAGCCCACCUAUACUGCCUAAACCAAAUCAAUCUAAACAUACCUGGAGAUGUCUCAGAAUAUUUUUACCUGAACCUGUUGACUCUUCACUUCCUCCUUCCCAGCCACCUUCUAAUGAUGAACCUUCCAUCUCGAUCCAUGCUCUUAACGGUUCAAAGAAUUAUCAAACCCUUCGUAUAUCGGGCAAGGUUGGGCAGCUGUCCAUUACGAUUUUAAUUGAUACUGGAAGCACCCAUAACUUCAUUAACAGCCGAAUUAUGAAUAAUAUUAAUCAUACAGCCCAACAAACAUCAGUUUUACCUGUCAAGGGAAAGAAUUACCUUCUUCAGGGAAUGGACCAAAUGCAGAUUAAUAUCAUGGAGGGUGAUCAAAUUUCCAAGCUCUUGAUGAAAGGAGGGCAAGCAGCCUUGGUUCAAUUACGAAACUGUGAGGAACAUCAAGGCCAUUUCUUUGCUCUUACAGCCCAAGAGCCACAUAACACUGAUGAAGAGCUUGAGAAUAUUCUAAAACAGUUUGGAGAUCUGUUCCAAGAGCCAAAGGAAUUGCCACCACCAAGAGGGCAUGAUCACCAGAUUCCUUUGAAAGAAGGAACAAUGCCUAUUUGUUUAAAACCUUACAGCAAGUCUUGGAGUGAUCAUCUUCAACACCUUCGAAUGGUCCUAGAAGUUCUCGAGGGUGUAGCAGCAGAUCCCCACAAAUUGGAGGCCACGAGUUCUUGGCCUAUCCCCAAUUCGAUCAAACAGCUCCGAGGGUUUUUGGGGUUGACGGGCUACUACCGGAGAUUUAUUAAGGGUUAUGCCUUACCAGACUUUAGUCAGCCAUUUGUGGUGGAAACAGACGCAAGCAAUGUGGGAAUUGGCGCAGUUCUAGUCCAAAACAAUCGACCAAUUGCAUAUAUUAGUCGGGCACUUCAAGCUGCUAACAACCCUUCAUCCACAUACGAACGAGAACUUUUGGCAUUGACAUUUGCUGUGGAAAAGUGGCGCCCUUACCUGCGAUAUUCACCAUUUAUAGUUAAAACAGAUCAUGAAUCUUUGAAACACCUUCUGGAGCAGAGAGUUCAGACACCAGCCCAGGAAAAAUGGCUCUAUAAACUAGUUGGAUACGACUUCACAGUUCAGUACAAAAAAGGUAAAGAGAAUGUCGUUGUUGAUGCCCUGUCACGGAGAUAA